CGCGUACCAACUCGCACCCCAUCUGGUGAGUAAUAUGAAAAACCCGGAAGUGAUAAAAAUGUUCACAAAUGCAGCUACUACAUUUCAAUCUAUAAUCCUGCUUCACAACAUUGUAACCUAUGAAUAUAUUCACCAUUAAAGACAAUCUGAUCAAUAAAUAAAAGACCAUCUCAUUAUGGUUAAACAAGGAGAUACAUCCCAUGAUGAUGUGGGUCCUGACAGGAGAGGGGAAAAGCCUCUUUGUGAGGUGACAGAUGAUAUCAAUAUAGUUGACCGUGUUUCACUUUUCAUCGACAAGCACCUACGGAUUGUAAGAUAUAGCUCAUAUGUCAUUGCAGGUGUCGGCUUAGUUUCUAUUGCAAGAAGCCUUAGAUUGUUUACAAAAUUCACUGCAAUCAGACAGAUACCUGAUCGCUUUAUCCAAAAGCAUGUUACAUUGCGUGGAACUGUUACAGACAUUCGCGGACAUCUUCUCCUCAUUGACCAUAUACCUAUCUAUCAAAAGCCCUUCUAUAAGUGGUUUAAUUCUUCCACAUGUGCAGUGUCAUCAAAAUUGCUCCCUGUAUCAAUAGGUGGCACUAGUCUAUACCCAGCUGGUGAAAAAUGGCUUUCAGAAAAAAUGAAGAAUGAAACUAUACAAUUUAAACUACUAACUAUAUCAGGAGAUGGACUAAAUACUGAUAUUCAAAACUCCGAAUCUGCAAGUCAUAAAGGCAUGAAUGAUGUGGUCCAUUCUAACGGAGGAAGUAGAGAUGCAACUUUUAACAACAGUGCAAACACCAAAGAACUAUCCAAAGAGGUUCUUCAUUGCAUUGUUUGGUCCAGGAAGAACAUAUUUAGAAACAUCUGUCUCAAUGAGCAUCUCAUCCGGGAAGGAUAUGCCAAAGUUUGCCACAUUGAAAAUCUCCCGAAUGAUAAACUAUACAUCAAGUUUUCAGAAAGACUUCUAAAAAUCGAGAUAAACGCUGAAAAGAAAGGAAAGGGUGUGUGGAAGCAACCUCCAUUGAUUGAACGAUAUAAAGAUUAUGGUAGAAAGAAAAUAUUAACUUCCAAAGAUUGGUUGCGAACCAAAAUAAAUGUCAAAGAUUGGGUGCGAAAAAGAUGGAUGAAUAAAUGAUGGCUUUCUCAGAUACGUCAAAAUUCAAAAGUGCGCUUUUUGCACAAAAUCCAUAUUUCAUUACAUUGACCUAUAAUACUUAAAAUGUACUAUAUUGAUACCAGAGCAUGUUUAUUUGUGAACAGAAUGUUAGUAUUUACAUGCUUUAUCUAGUCAAUGUUUUAUGUAGAAAAUUGUGAGCAUUUUUACAACGUAAUGUUUUUAUUGUUGAUGAUAAUUAA